AUGAAGAACGAUGAGCUCUGGGCGAACCUUCACUCUGAUCUGUUGAAUCAAAUUGUUAAGUACAUACAUUCGUACGAGGAUUACGCUCGACUUCGUCUUGUUUGUAAAUCGUGGAGUUCAACACUUGCAAAGACUCCGGAGCACAAAUAUCCAUGGCUAGUGUUGUUACCUUCAGAAAAUUCUAUUGAAACUUAUGGUCCAAGAGAGAAAGAGAUUAAUCAAAUGAGAUUGCCGCAGAUGCAGAACCACUUGUUUCGUGGGUCUUGUUGUGGAUUCCUAGUGAUCCUUGGUUUAUCUGAUGGAGCAUUGAAGCUAUGGAAUCCAUUUACAAAGGUUAGCUUUGAUCUUCCUCCAAUUUCAACUUUGCCAAAUAUAGUUUAUUUAGUUGAUUAUUUUCCUGAAUAUAUUGCGCCGUUGUGGAAUGCCUCAACUGCAACUAUAGAGCGAAUUCAUAUUCACAUGAAUAGGCCACCGGUCCACAAGAUAAUUAUUUCUUCCCCUCCGGAUAGUGACACACAUGAGUUCAUGGCAGUAGUUAUAUACGGAGAAUAUUCUAGAUUGGGUUUCUAUAGAUGUGGUGAUGUUGGUUGGACAGAUAUACCCACGUCGAAAGCACAUAGGUGUGAAUUUGAAGAUGUUAUUUUUAACGAAGGAAAGAUAUAUGCAGUGGAUUGGAACGCUCAACUUUAUGAAUUUGAUAUGCAUACGAAACCUGUACCUCUAGGAGGAGCUACUAAAGCCAAACCUCCAAUCAGAGUUCCACAAUCUGGUGACCCUUAUGAUUGGACCUUCAAGUAUCUGGCUGUACAUGGUAAUGGCAGCUUGUUAAUGGUGGUGAGGCAUUAUGUCUGUCCUCGUGGUGGUGUGUAUCGGACUAAUACAUUCAGCGUCUAUAUGUUGACCAAUAGGGAACUUGUGUGGUCCAGAGUGUAUAAUAUAGGGAACUAUGCGUUAGUGCUUGGAUUAAAUUCAUCUAUCUCUAUGCCUUGUGCUGCUUCUUAUACCAAACCAAAUCAUAUUUACUAUACCGACAACCUAUUUGAACAACAUUAUGUCAGCGACGAAGAAGACGAACUUUAUGCAGACGACGACGAAGAACAUAAUUAUGGAAGAGGCGUAGAAGGCUUCCACUCAGAUGUUGUCGGUAGUGUUGGUGGUCACGAUAUAGGUGUGUUUGAUUUGGAAGGCGGUGGCAAUAAUUAUCUUUUUCCGGCUGCACUACUCUCUGCUCCAGUUUGGUUGUGCUGA